CGCAAGCACCAGCAUUAUUAGAUAAAAAUAAAACCGGUCUUUUAGGUCUAUUUUGGAAGGCUGCGAGGAUCGGCGAACGGUUGAGUCCAUACGUCUCUUUGGCGUGUAUCGCCAUGGCUAUAAGUAUUCUUCUAAA